AUGGUUGAUGUAGUGGUUACAACAGCUGGUGGUGUAGAAGAGGAUCUUAUUAAAUGCCUUGCACCCACAUACAAGGGUGAUUUUUCGUUAGCUGGAGCUGUUUUACGCGCAAAGGGAUUGAAUCGCAUUGGUAACUUAUUGGUACCUAAUGACAACUAUUGCAAAUUUGAGGAUUGGAUCAUUCCCAUUUUUGACCAGAUGUUGGAAGAACAGACUGGAAAGAAUGUAUUGUGGACACCAUCGAAAGUUAUUGCUCGCUUAGGGAAAGAAAUAAAUAAUGAGAGUUCAUACUUGUACUGGGCAUCAAAGAACAAUAUUCCUGUCUUCUGCCCUGGCUUGACUGAUGGCUCACUGGGUGACAUGUUAUACUUCCAUUCUUUCCGAAAUCCUGGUUUAGUCAUUGACAUAGUGCAAGAUAUUAGGGCCAUGAAUGGUGAGUCGGUCCAUGCUGGCCCCAGUAAAACUGGGAUGAUAAUUCUUGGAGGAGGGCUGCCAAAGCAUCACAUUUGCAAUGCCAAUAUGAUGCGUAAUGGUGCAGAUUUCGCUGUCUUCAUUAACACAGCACAAGAGUUUGAUGGGAGUGAUUCUGGUGCCCGUCCUGACGAAGCUGUAUCAUGGGGAAAAAUACGAGGCUCUGCAAAGACUGUUAAGGUGCACUGUGAUGCCACCAUUGCCUUCCCUCUACUUGUAGCAGAAACAUUUGCUGCUAAAGUAAAGAAAUCCAGCGGUACUAUGUCCUAA